AUGACAGAUAACCCGUUUUUCUUAUACCGUCCCGACACACCAGGCACGCUAGGUAAAGCUAAACUCAAAGAGCGAAACUUUGUGCUCCCAAACGAAAAGGUCCAAGACCAUGGGCAGCUGCCGCAGUUCAUGCCCCGGACCUGGUGGCCAUCGGAACGUGAUGCGGAAGAAAGCCAGGCCCGGCCUGCACUGAACCUUGCCAUCGACUGGCUAGACCCCGCGGCCGUUCAUCUGCUCCACGACGACGCGACGAAGACUUACCCUCGUCUGGAGCCAAUGCCCCCGUACAAAGACGACGUGUAUGACGGAUGCCAAUGGAAAACACAACUUGCCAUCGCGCACAACUUGUUUCAUAAAACGCUUCAGAACGGCAAUCAUGUAAGUGCCAUGGAGAUGACGGUGCUGGUUCGCAUCGUCACCUAUGGCAUGUUUGAUUCCACCACCUUUUUCGCGCCCUUCGUUGUAGACGGUGCAGGCGACGUUCUCAAGUCCCAUUUAGACCCCAACCAAGCCGGGAAGCCGCGGGAGCUGAGGCGGCAUACAAGGGCCGGCGAACCACCCAAGGACAGUUUCAACCAGCGGGACUUGGACUGGAGCAGGACGAGGAUGCGGGCGAGGCGCUGGGUCGUUGUGCCGGUUCUGCAUGAGUGCCGCCAAUGGAACAUGACGAUAUUUGACCGCGAGCAGGGGCAGCUGUACAUCUUUGACUGCGGAGACGACGAGGCCAGGCUCCAGAGGUUCAAGUCGGCCAUCCGGGUCUGGGUGUUGUUGUUGGAUAUCCUCGGCCAGCGGCAUAGUUUCCUGUUCUUUGUACCCCGCGUCACGAGGCAGGGCGAGAUGGAAUCGGGGCCGGUCUGCGUCGCCUGGCUCAUGGAAGCGCUCAGAAACCAGGUCGGCGGACAAAUGACGUCCCGCGACGACAAGGUCGUAAUGGCCGAGAUCUCGGACGGCAACCUCUCACUGUGCAGACAAUCCGGCGCGCAGGACGGGGACCACUACACCAGUUCUCUGCACUUGCGCGACUGGGUGCCCAAGGUGCCCGAGGGUGAGCGCAGUCUCAAACCAAAGGCUCAGCUGAUAGCUGUUCGCAGGAUCAUCCGCGUCAUGGUGGCGAACGAGCUGGGCUUGCGAAACCACCCCGUCAUGAAGCAGAGGUACAACAAGGUCGGGGGGCGAGGGGACGAUAGGCCAUCAUCGGCCAUUACGCUCCUGAAGGAAGCCGCCAGAUAUGCUUUAAACACUGGUGACGUGAUGGAAGAAGAGAAAUACUUCACGGGCCAAGGCGGUCAGCAAUUUGCUUUGCCCACGGGGCGGCUUGUCCUGCCUUAUGAUGCUGAGGCGCCUCGGAGGCACAAGAUGCCACGGACAAGCGCCACGCCGGCCAUUGAUAUGGCCAAGGACGGCCUUCGUGGUCCCCCUCGGACGUCCGUCGAGUUCUUUAGAAGCUCGGACGUUCCUGAAAUGCGUAUCACGAGGAGAAAAUCAAGGUUAUAUAAAAGGCGUGCCCUUGCAGCGCCAGGCAAUGACAAUGGCUUCAAUAUCUGGUGA